CCCCGGCCGCUACAAACGCCAAACCAACCACACCGCGCUCGCACGCUGCACACUUCUUCGCGCCGCCGCCAGCAAUCCCCAGUUCCCCACCAACCCUCCACGUCGUCCCUUCCUCCAAUCCCGCUAUUUCCCAUCCGAAUCCAAUCCACUUGCCCCACAAUUUUUGAUCCGCAGUCUCCUCGUUACUCUAUCGUGCGCUCAGAUUUUUUUUCUCCCGGGAUUACCGCCAAUUUUUCGGCCGUUUCAAUCUGACCAUUCCUCCGCGCGACGGCCAGCAUGAGCAUGGCGAUCUCGUGCGCGGGCGCGCGCCUCCACGGCCGUAUCGCCGUCGGCGGGCCCAAAUGCCGCGUGGGCGCCGCCGCUCUGGUAUGGCGGCGGGGCAGCUGCUUCUGCUCCAAUGCGCGGAGGUGGAGCGUCGCCAGGGGAGCCCGGUCCGAGCUGCCGCCGCCGCCGCCGCCGCAGGCGAGCGCAGAUGGCGGCGCGGCCGUCGCCAUCCCAGAAGCAGUGGAUGUUGUAGCAGACUCUAGUCAACAAGUAGGCGCGGUUGCUCAGCCUGGUGUGCUUCCGGAGAGGCACGGCAAGGCGGGUGGAGCUGAUGUUGAUGAUGGGGCCGGUGGGAACGGGAAGCUCCCGCCCGGCGGCGGUGGUGGGGACGGGGAUAAUAGCUGGGGAGGCGGCGGGGGUGACGGUGAUGGGGCGGAGGAUGAGUUCGGGCCCAUCCUUAGCUUCGAGCAGGUGGUCCAGGAGGCUGAGAAGCGCGGGGUUAGCCUGCCCAGCUUGCCCUCGGAUAUGGUAGAGACCGCGAAGAGCGUUGGGAUUCAGAAACUGCUGCUGCUGAGAUACUUGGAUUUGCAGGCGUCGGUUUGGCCCCUGGGUCCCGCCAUUAGGUCCUGCUCGCUUAUCCGGAACAGGAUGCUAGUUGAUCCUGCAUUCCUCUUCAAAAUUGGGACGGAGAUAGUUAUUGACACAUGUUGCGCAACAUUUGCGGAGGUUCAGAAGAGAGGCGAGGAGUUUUGGUCAGAGUUUGAAUUGUAUGCAGCAGAUAUGUUGGUGGGUGUAGUUGUUAAUGUAGCAUUAGUCGGUAUGUUAGCACCAUAUGCUCGAUUCGGUGGCAGAUCUGCAUCUGAAGGUCUCCUUGGGCGUGUUAGGCAUGCUUAUGAUGCCCUCCCAAGCAGCGUUUUUGAAGCUGAAAGGCCAGGAUACAGAUUUUCCGUUCAACAACGGAUAGGAACAUACUUUUUCAAGGGAAUUUUAUAUGGUACCGUUGGAUUCUUUUGUGGUCUUGUGGGACAAGGGAUUGCUAAUUUGAUAAUGACUGCCAAAAGGAGUGUUAAGAAGUCAGAGGAUGACAUACCUGUUCCUCCUCUUCUCAAAACUUCUGCUUUGUGGGGUGCCUUCCUUGCUGUUUCUUCCAACACACGUUAUCAAAUUAUUAAUGGACUAGAGCGUGUGGUUGAGGCUUCACCUAUUUCCAAGCGUGUCCCAGCUGCUUCUUUGGCGUUCACCGUCGGCGUGCGCUUUGCCAACAAUGUGUACGGAGGAAUGCAGUUUGUUGACUGGGCGAGAAUGAGUGGUUGUCAAUGAGGUGCGAGCUUUCAUAUUUUCUUGGGUAUUGGCCAAAUUGAUGCUGAUACAGAUGCUUGUUAUUGCAGUCACCAUUCACAGUGAUGCUGUUGUGUGCCGUCUGCUGUUUGUUAUUGCACCCAAAUUCGUCGAAUUUUCAUCAUCCCAAAGUCAAAAGAUGUGAUACCAAUAAUUGUUUGGGGAGCGAAGACCUCAAAAAUAAAAUGCGAAGUUUCUCACAGAGAUUCUGAAAUUGAGUGGAGUUAGCAUUAGGAGUGCUGCUUAGGCAGGGUAGAUCCAGAAGAGAUUGAAUUCUUUGUUUUCCUGUUUAUGAUAUCACCAUCUUGAUUUGGAUAGUCGAAUCUGUAAACUGUGCUUUACUGAAAUGGCUUUGUGUUCAUUGUUUCA